AGUGGCAACUCCGGCAGAUUCACAUCUCCGGGUUACCCAGGCAACUAUCCGAACAACGCUUACUGUACUUGGCAGAUAUCCGUCAGUACUGGCUACAUCGUCGCCAUCCGGUUCAGUGCGUUCUCUCUAGAGGAUGGAAUAAACUGUGGUUAUGACUCUCUGGCUAUUUAUGACGGAUCGAGCACAACUGCACCACGUUUGGCCAGACUAUGUGGUUCAUCUGCCCGAACAAUCUCCACAACCGGCCGGAACGCCUUUGUGGUCUUCCGUACGGACGGGUCCGUGACAGAAUCCGGAUUUUCUGCCAACUUUACCGCUGAGACAGGAGGUACGAUUGUUAGGUUCUUGGAAUGUUACCCAGGCAACUAUCCGAACAACGCUUACUGUACUUGGCAGAUAUCCGUCAGUACUGGCUACGUCGUCGCCAUCCGGUUCAGUGUGUUGUCUCUAGAGGAUGAAACAAACUGUGGUUAUGACUCUCUGGCUAUUUAUGACGGAUCGAGCACAACUGCACCACGUUUGGCCAGACUAUGUGGUUCAUCUGCCCGAACAAUCUCCACAACCGGCCGGAACGCCUUUGUGGUCUUCCGUACGGACGGGUCCGUGACAGAAUCCGGAUUUUCUGCCAACUUUACAGCUGAGACAGGUUUUUAA